AUGAGGGAUUUGGGAUUCAAUGAGGUAGUGUUGGUGGAGGAGCCCCUUGACCGGAAAAAUAGCCUGAGUUUUCAUAUAUAUCGAGGCCCGCCUCCUCCAUCUUUAUUCAAGCACUGGACCGAGAGUUUUUCUCAGGGGCUCGAACAAGAAGCUACGACAGCAGCCAUUCUCCCUUUCAUCGAUGGGUCGUACAACAAACUUGGCUCAGGUAUCCUUCAAAAUGACAAGCUUUUUGCAGAAGAUGGAGAUAUAUAUUAUGAUGUAAAGGUCAUGGAGAAGAAUAUCAACAAUCUCCGACUUGUGUGUCGGACCUGGGCGGCUAUAUUAGCAAAUUCUCGUAAUCGAUGCGUAAUGACCAACCUCAACACCUUCAACCUCCCCGGGAAAAGCACUUUCAGUUACCCUCCCCUUGACACUGGUGCACCUUCCGAAAUCCCUUGGUGGAGGGAUUUUGACAACGAGCAACUGAAAGAAAUACUAGCCAAUGUUCGAAUCUUGGUCAUUCGGCAUUUGAGCAUUGACCUGAAGCGCUUCCUGGAUCUGAUGCCAGGAUUGAGGGCUUUUAGUCUGUCUAUGAAUUCAAGAUUUGGAAUCAUUUCCAUGCCCUCCACAUAUAUAUCUCAUCAUCCUCACCUUACGCACUUAUCGCUCUCGGACAUAAAAUGGAAGCAAUUUGCUGAAUACUUUAGUGUGAAGGGACCAAGAUUUCUCUCACUCCGAUAUCUGGAUAUAAAUUUCACCAACUCUCCUCGAAACUCGAUCUCCUCACAAGAUGAGAGGGUUGAUUGGUCCAUCUCUCAAUUAGACAGUUUAAUCUUUAGAGGCUCUGUCGAAGAGAAUACCAGAGAGGAUUUCAAGUCAUUUAUUGGCAAAUGCGGACAAACGGUUACGGAAUUCAUUGACUUUGGCCCUUAUCGAGAAUUUCACGAGCCGUCCUCAAUACCAUUUCAGGAUCAUUUCCCUUACCUUUCUACCUACGGCACAUGCUUUUCAUUCUUAAUUGAAGGGGAUUUGACUACCCCAGGAAAGGAGUCAUCAUUUAAUCCUGGAAACCGGCAUCGGCUCCUGAUUCUCGAAGGGUUUUGCCCGAGAGAUUCGCUAGGGCCCGAAGAAGCUGCCUCUAGAUUAAGAGCGUAUAUGAGAGCUUUGGGAUUCAACGAGGUACUGUUGGUGGAGGAUGCUCUGGACAGACAAAACGCCCUUAGCUUUGCAAUAUUUGAUGACCCACCUUCUCCAGCCUUAGUCGAGCUUUGGGCCGACUGGUGUUACGGGCUGCUUCUGACGCAUCCUAUAUCUUAUAAUCGUUUGAGUACGAUAGAUCUGUUUCGUGGUUCACAAUUCAAAGGCAAGGGGAUCGAUAGGCGGGUGCCCAAGACCCUCAUAAACAUUUCAAAUAUGACCGAAUCUGCAGUUCAGCGUACUCCUAUUGAGGUUUGGACCUUGAUUUUACAUCAUGCAAUCGCGACCCCACUUCUCCCUUUUGUCGAUGAGGCACAUAAACACCUUAGCACUAGCGUUAUUCGAACAAUUGAUCUCUUUUGCUGGUCUGAAUCUUGCGACGUGUAUAAAAAAUGUCGAGAUAUGGAAAAUGCCAUCAAGUCACUGCGACUUUCGAACUUUGGAGCCCAUGUUCCGCCUAGUUUUCAGUCAAUUGAAUGGCAAGCGGGGAGAAUUAGUGGAGCUGUUUCUCUCAAAAAAAACCAACCGUAUUUUCAAUUGAGAACUGUCCAUGCCGACUCAGUGUUUAGCCGGUUUUCAUUCCCAACAACUCGUCAAUGUGCGCUGUGUGAAUAUGGCCAGUGCGGCUGUGAUUUGCUCAGCUGUCUCGAUCCUGAAGAUAUUCAAGACUGCAUACUCUCGUAUGUCUCCCCUUCAUCACAUGGCGAAAUGGGCUGGGAGUGGUGGAAAGAUUUAAAAGACGAAAGGAUAGGUGAAUUUAUGAGUCAAGUUCGAAUUUUCAGUUACCCCAACCACUACUUUCAUCGAAAAGAAAUGUUUGAUCUCAUGCCCCGCCUGCAAGCACUCUGCCUAGGGUUAUCCAACUCAUAUCGUCCUCUCGCCACUCUCCUUUCCAUUUUGUCGGGCCAAUCGCGCUUAACGCACCUCGCGCUCCAUUCAAUUUACUGGAACGACUUUGCUACCUACUUCUCCGAAGGGCACUGCACCCUCCAAUUAGAGACUAUCAUAAUACAUGGAGGUUUCUAUAUAGAUAAAGAAUAUAUGGACCCAUUCCUUUCGCUAUGGGGUCGGACAGUGAGGGAGUAUGUCGACAACUCCACCUACCUCGAUACACAGAGAAACAAAUUGGUACCCUGUGGUGGGAUACCACCAGACCACUAUUUCCCCAACCUAUCUCUGUACGGUACACUUUUGGAGGCCGUCAUCUCGAAACUCGAGACUCAUCACCGGAGUCAAAUAGCAACACCGUUUGGCCCACCACUCAGGUCACGUACUUUACUACUCAGGGAUUCAACUUACCUACCUGCACAUGAUCCUGAGGAAUCGGCACUUCAGCUCAUAGUCUACGUGAACGAGUGGAACUUCGCAGAGGUUAUAUUCGAGAGGAGAUGGACCUGGCUCCUAACGAGACUUUACUUUGAUAAGUCAGCAGAGGUUCUUGAAGCGGAUGCCAGAUGGUUCAAAACAUUUUUUGGUACAUUAUUGAAAGAAGGUUUGGUUCCAUUGGACAGAGAUUUCAUUUCGAUCAGCGAUGAACGUUAUAGAAUGCUCUGGGAGUAG